UGCGUGGAGCGUCAAGCGGUUCAAAGAGGAAGGAAGAUGGCGGAAAACAAAGGCGGAGGGGACGGCGAGAGCCCCGAAAAUAACACCCCAGCUCUGACUGAAGAGGACCCCCCUGCCCCGGCCGGGAAAGAAGACGAGAGCCCGGUGACCAGCGAGCCCGCGGCGAGCGGAGCGGAGGCCCGGAGCCCCGAGGAGAGCGAGCAGGCUCCGAGCGGAGGAGUGGAGAGCGCCGCCAGCGGGAACGGCAGCCCCGGGGCCGCGGCACCCCCGGGCUCCGGCGAGGCUGAGGACGUGCCUGCCCGGGAGGCCGAGGAGGGCUCUGCCCGGGAGAUUGAGGUGCUGUCUGUCCGGGAGGCUGACGUGCUGUCUGCCCAGGACACCGACGUGGUGUGCGUGGAGGUGGUGCCAGCCCCAGCUCCUCCGGCGACUGCAGUGGAGUCUCCCUCUCCCAUCCUCACCGCGCCGGCGGCUCCCCCGGCCCCGGCUCUCCCGAUCAACCUGCUGGAUACGUGCACGGUGUGCAAGCAGAGCCUGCAGAACCGGGACUGCGAGCCCAAGCUCCUGCCGUGUCUGCAUUCCUUCUGUCUGCGCUGCAUCCCUCAACCGGAGCGCCAGCUCAGCUUGCAGCUACCGGGCCCGCACGGGCAGGAGAUUCAGCUCGUGAAUGUGAUGCGGUGCCCAGUGUGCCGGCAGGAGUUCAAGCAGACCGACCUGGUAGAUAAUUACUUUGUGAAAGAUACCUCUGAGGUCUCCAGCGGCUCGGAUGAGAAUUCAGCGCAGGUGUGUACGAGCUGCGACGACAAUGCCGGCGCCGUGGGCUUCUGUGUGGAGUGCGGGGAGUGGCUCUGCAAAACCUGCAUAGAGGCCCAUCAGAGAGUCAAGUUCACCAAGGACCAUGUGAUCAGGAGGAAAGAUGACGUCUCUGCUGAACCAGUGGGAACCUCAGGGCAGCGGGCUGUGUUCUGCCCGAUCCACAAGCAGGAAGCUCUAAAGCUGUUCUGCGAGACCUGUGACCGGCUGACUUGCAGAGACUGUCAGCUGCAGGAGCACAAGGAGCACAGAUACCAGUUUUUGGAGGAAGCUUUUCAGAACCAGAAAGGGAUAAUCGAGACCUUCAUGGCUAAGCUUCAGGAGAAGAAGAAUUACGUCCACUUUGCUUCCUCUCAGGUGCAGAGCAGGAUAAAAGAAGUUAACGAAACUCAUAAGAAAGUGGAACAUGAAAUCAAAGUGGCUGUUUUCACCCUCAUCAAUGAAAUCAACAAAAAGGGAAAAUCACUAUUGCAGCAGUUGGAGAGUGUGACAAAGGAGCGCAAUGUCAAGCUGAUGCACCAGCAGCGUGACAUCACCAGCCUGUCCCAGCAGAUCAUGCACGUGCUCAGCUUCGCCAACUGGGCCAUCUGCAGCGGGAGCAGCACUGCGCUUCUCUACAGCAAGAGACUGAUAACGUUCCAGCUGCGGCACAUUCUGAAGGCUCGAUGUGACCCUGUCCCUUCGGCGAAUGGAGCUGUGCGCUUCUUCUGUGACCCCACCUUCUGGGCAAAGAACGUUGUCAAUCUGGGUAACCUGGUGAUCGAGACCAAGCCAAUUCCUGUCCACGCCCCGAACGUGGUAGUGGGUCAGGUUCCUAAUGCGCAGAACCACGCAGGGAAGCACCUAGGGCAGAUCAACCUGGCUCAGCUGCGGCUGCAGCACAUGCAGCAGCAGCAGCAGCAGGCUGCCUAUGCGCAGAAGCAGCAGCAACAGCAGUUACAGCUCCAGCAGCAACAGAUGCAGCAGCAACAAAUGCAACAGCAGCAGCAGCAGCAGCUGCGCAUGGUGCAGCACUUGCCUCCGCACCCACGGCAGGGGGGGCCGCAGAUGGUCCAGCAGCAGCCUCCCCGGCUUAUCAGCAUGCAAGCCAUGCAGAGAGCCGGUAUGAAUGGAGCCGCCUACCAGGCACACCAGAUGCGACUGGCCCAGAGCCAGAACCAGAACCGCAUGCCAGGCGUCCCGCGGCACAACGGCCAGCAGUACCCCAUGAUGCAGCCGCAGCUCCAGAGACAGCAUUCCAACCCAGGCCACGCCGGUCCAUUCCCCGUCGCUUCACUCCACAACAGCGCUGCCAACCCAACCAGCCCCACCACCGCCAGCAUGGCCCACGCCCACCGCGGACCAACCAGCCCCUGCGUCUCCACCAUCGAGCUCAUCCCCUCUGUGACCAACCCUGAGAACCUGCCCUGCUUGCCGGACAUCCCGCCCAUACAGCUGGAAGAUGCUGGCUCGAGUAGUCUAGACAAUCUCCUGAGCAGAUACAUCUUCGCCAGCCAACUUCCUCAAGCUCCCCUGACCAAUAUGAUCCCAUCUCCCGGACCCUCCGCUCUGUCUCCAGGGUCUGCAGGCAUUUCUAAUUCACACACACCAGUGAGGCCCUCCAGUACCUCCAGCACAGGGAGCAGAGGCAGCUGUUCGUCGGGGCGGACCAUGCCAGUGGCGGACGCGGUGAAGGUCAAGCAGGAGCCGGGGACGGAGGAGGAGUGUGGCUUUUCGGGGGCGGUGGUCAAGCAGGAGCGGGUUGAAGACGGCCGCAGGAGCGCCUGCAUGAUGAGCAGCCCGGAGAGCAGCCGGACUCCCCCGCUGGCUGCCCCGUCCUCGACCCCCCAGGAACCGGCCCCGCUGCGGACCCUGGAGGAGCACGUCAAGGAGGAGCCCAAGGAGGCGGCGGGGAGCUGCCGGCAGCAGGUGGAGACGACCGUGACAAACGGCAAGGGCUCCGUGCGCAGCUUCCUGCACCGCCCUCCCCGAGCCGCCACCGCCACCGCACACAGCAGCGAGCACAAGGACGACGACCCCAACGAGGACUGGUGCGCCGUCUGUCAGAACGGGGGCGACCUGCUCUGCUGCGACAAGUGCCCCAAAGUCUUUCACCUCACCUGCCACGUUCCUACCCUGCUCAGCUUCCCCAGCGGAGAGUGGAUCUGUACCUUCUGCAGAAACCUGACCAAACCUGAGGUUGAGUACAACUGUGACAAUCUGCAGCACAAAAAGAAGGGGAAAACCGUGCACGGGCUCAGCCCUACGGACCAGAGGAAGUGCGAGCGUCUCCUCCUCUACAUCUUCUGUCACGAGCUGAGCAUCGAGUUCCACGAGCCAGUCUCUGCUUCUAUACCCAAUUACUACAAGAUCAUUAAGAAGCCUAUGGAACUGGCCACGGUGAAGAAGAAACUCCAGAUGAAGCACUCUCAGCACUACCAGACCCCGCAGGACUUCGUGGCCGACGUGCGCUUGAUCUUCAAGAACUGUGCAAAAUACAAUGAAAUGUCUCGAAUUAUCCAAGUUUAUGAUGAGAAAACCCAGAUUAAUUUGCAGGCUGAAUCUGAGGUGGCUCAGGCUGGCAAAGCGGUGGCAUUGUACUUUGAGGAGAAACUCAAGGAGAUUUACGGGGAUCAGAACUUCCCUCCUCACCCAGAGGAGGAGCCGGAGGAGGACGAGGAAGUCACAGAAGAUUCCGACGACGAUUUUGUCCAGCCGCGGCGCAAGCGAUUAAAAUCGGAAGAGAAGCCGCUACACAUCAAAUGAGAUUUAAAGGACACUUUCCAAGGACCCAAAUAAGAUCCACUGUGAAGUGCGGACCUUCUUAAAAGAGGAAAAUCCAUAGAUGUGUACAUGCAUAUCUGUCCUGAUGGAGAAUAUGAAUUUACUCUGAAUGCCCAAAGGACAGCAAAGACAGUGUUAGUAGAAUUUUUAAAAGUUGUACAGAUGGGGGAGAGAGAGAGAGAGAGAGAGGAGAGGAGAGAGA